AUGGAGAAGGAAAAAGGAGAUAUCUCCCCUGCCAAUGCUCAACAUAGAGUAACAAUGCUUCAUGCUAUACUACUCUACUGCGUGCUACUAUUAUCUACGGUGCACGCGCAACCAGUGGACACCGGCAGCCGCAAUCUUCUAUUCAGAGGCCGCAUGGCCAUUUCAGAUUCUCCAGUCAAGGCCGUUCAUGAUGCAUACAGACCAGAAACGUCAGCGGCAGACAGAGACGCGACACUGGGUAGAGAAGCGACAUGA